AUGAUGAUGACGACACCUCUUCAAAUUCAAUCUUCUUUUCAAAACCUUUCGUCUUCCCUUUUCUAUUCUCACACUCUCCCCUUGAAACAAAACCUCAGUGUCUGUUACAUUUACCAGAGAAGAGGAAGAGUCUCUUUGAGUUGUUCCAUUUCUAAAGUCCACAACUAUGGUACAGUUGAUUUCGAGCGAAGACCUGUUAGGAAAUGGAAUGUUCUUUACAAGAGAAUCUCGUUGAUGGAAAACCCUGAUUUGGGUUCUGCUUCUGUGUUGAAUCAGUGGGAGAAUGAAGGUAAAUGUCUUACAAAAUGGGAACUUUGUAGGAUUGCUAAGGAGUUGAGAAAGUAUAAAAGACAUCACAAAGCUCUUCAGGUAUAUGAUUGGAUAAACAACAGACCAGAGAGGUUUAGAAUGUCUGCAAGCGACAUUGCAAUUCAGUUAGAUUUAAUCGCAAGAGUUCAUGGAGUUUCUCGUGCAGAAGGAUUUUUUCUGAACCUGACUGAUGAUUUAAAAGACAAGAGGACAUAUGGUGCCCUCUUGAAUGCAUAUGUUCAUUCUAGAUCAAAAGAGAAAGCGGAGUCUUUACUCGACGUAAUGAGAAGCAAAAGAAAUGAAAGAAAAGAACAUACAACUAGACAUGUAUACAUAUAA